AUGCAUGUCAUGACAAGAUACAUAAGUUGCAAAGGCGGCGGAGGAACACGGAUGACGGCAGCCGAGAGCCAGCAACACCCAUGGUUGCAAACUUCAAAAGAAAAUCCUCUACCGGCGUCGCACAAGAAGAACAUGCGCACAUACCUGGAAAACAAGAAGAAAUGGGUCCGGGGUUGGAACUGCCUCGUGGCACUGUCACGAAUGGGUGCCAACUGGGACAAGCUUCGAGCAGCCGAAAUGCCGACCGAAACGAAGGAGGCUGCAGAAACUUGA